AUGCAAUAUCAACAAAAAUUACUUACGAAGACGUCCAGAUUAGCUAUCAAUGGACCAUUGCAAGGACGAACAAUAGCUCUUGAUCUGGACUAUUCUCGUGCUAAUGACUUUCCUGCUGAUUAUGAUACUGAUCUGGAAUCUGCAUGGUCAAAUCCAAAAUUGUUUGCUGAUGGAGAUGAUUUUUCGUGGAGUACAAUAGAGAAGAAUCGAAAUCUUUAUUAUCAAAAACAAGCACAGAACCAAGUCAGCCAACAAACAAAUCAAUCACUUGCCUUCUUAACGUCCGCACUGAAUAAUCAUUUGAAUAUCGGCCAAAACUUCACUAUCAAUGCAUCAUCGGUUUUUAUGUCAUUACAAGUAAUGUCGACGGAAUCUCUUUCAAAUCAAAUCAUCAAACCAAUUAACAAUGCGCAAAUUCAACUUCCAUCCACUAUUCAGUCAAACGAUCGUUCAGUAUCACUUCGAUCAAUUGUUCAACCACUGGCACCAGCAGAUCAGUCACGUUCAUAUACAAAUCUUUCCAGAACCAUUUCCCUUUCGGUUCUUGAUCGAAACGGAAACGAACUUUCAUAUCCAACAUCAUCCAAUAAUCCAUAUCGAUUUGUGAUUCCACGAGAUUCAAAUCUCAUUCUUCCGUCGAUGGUAUCACAAAAUGUUACUUCAAUGAACAGCAUUCAGCAAGAUCUUCUGUUCAAUCUGCAUUAUGUUGAUUUAUCUCAAUCGAAUGGUGUGUCUGUAUCGGUUCAUAUAGAAAUGAAACCAUUAAAUCCAAGUCUCGGUUAUUUAUUAAUUUAUAAAUUUGACAGUUCCCCAGUAUUGAACAGUUCAAUGUCUCAAAUUGAUAAAUGGUCCUUAUUUUGUCCUUCAAAUUUGACCAGUGACAACAUGUAUACUUAUUUUAUCAAUAAUCAACUAACAAACAACCAUGAAUCGCUGAUCUUUGGUUUACGUGAACUGAACUCGACCGAAAUGCUUCAGUAUUGUUCAACUCCAUCGACCAAUCCGCCCAUCACUAACGAACCAUUCCAUUUUACAUCGAAUUAUGAACUUCGCCUGUACACGUCCGGUUGUUACUACCUUGAUUCAAAUAAUCAAUGGCAAUCCGAUGGUGUGAUUGUCGGCCCAUUGACAAAUGUGAAUGAAACAGAAUGCUUAUCGACUCAUUUAACAACGUUUGCAGGUGGAUUUCUUGUGUUACCAGCGCCUAUCAACUGGAAUUAUGUCUUCGCAAAUGCAGAUUUCAAUCGCAACAAAACAAUUUAUAUUACCGUAAUUUGCGUUUCUAUUCUUUAUCUACUUAUAAUGACCUAUGCACGCUAUAAGGAUAGAAAGGACAUUGAAAAAUUAGGAGUGCUUGCAUUGGAAGAUAACUGUAAGGAAGAUCAGUAUUGCUAUCAAAUCAUUGUCUUCACUGGAAAUCGAAAGAAUGCAGGAACCAAAUCUCGAGUUCAUUUCAUUCUUGCUGGUGAUGAAGAUGAAACACAAGUUCGAACCUUCAAUCAUUCUAAGCGUCAGAUAUUUCAACGUGGCCAAGUAGAUUCAUUUGUCAUGACUGUUCCUAAAUCUUUGGGAAAACUGAAUUAUAUUCGUAUUUGGCAUAACAAUCAAGAUAAUUCAUCAUGGUUUCUGAAAUAUUUGAUCGUUCGUGAUUUACAAACAUUGGAAAAGUCGUACUUUAUUUUUCAACGAUGGUUUGCCAUUGACAAAGAUGAUGGACGUAUCGAACGUCUUUUACCCGUGUCAGGCAAAUUGCAAAUGGAUAAAUUUGCGUAUAUUCUUUCCAAGCAAACCUAUUAUAAUAUCUCUGAAGAUCAUCUCUGGUUCUCGAUCUUUACUCGUCCACCAUCGAAUAAAUUCACACGUGUUCAACGAUGUACCUGCUGUUUCGUGUUACUACUCACUUCAAUGCUGUUAAACAUCCUCUACUAUGAUCAAAAGAAUGACGCAAAAAGUAGCACCGGUGGAAAGAGUAGUCUGUCGUUUGGUCCAUUGUACAUCACACCUGAACAGAUUGGAAUUGGUAUUAUUGUUGAGUUGUUGGUAUUCAUUCCAAGUUUAUGCCUCAUUCAGUUCUUUCGACGUAUUCAACCGAGCCGAACACCAGUUUCACCUCUGCGUCAAACGCUUUCUCAAAUCAAAUCAAUACCUACGAUUUCAUCCGACAAACCGAAUACUAAGAAGUCAUUCCGAUUGACAUUUCCGUGGUGGUGUCUAUUCCUUGCAUAUGGUUUGUCAUUUACCAUAGCUUUCGUGUCGGUCUUCUUCAUCAUUGUUCGUGGAAUCGAAUUUGGCGAUUUGAAAACUCAAAAAUGGUUGACUUCGUUGAUUAGUGGUUUCUUUUCAUCAAUUCUUCUUCUUGAACCAGUCAAGAUUUGUGCAUUAACAGUGUUCUUUGCUUGCUUUAUUCGUACUUCUGAUAAAGAUAAACAAGCAAAUGAAUACUUAGAUGAUGAAGCACAAUUUGAUCUGAAUAACGAUGAAGAAUAUUUACAAUCAAGAAAACAAGGUCGCUCUUCAUCAUUCAUCUCUCGAUCGCAAUUGCAAUUCAGUCCAUUGAGUGAAUGGGAGUUAGAGUUUCUACGCGAAAAACGUUCACGAGAGAAGAAAAUGCAAUCGAUUAUGCGAGAAGUUCUUUCUUAUAUUUGUUUUCUUGUUCUUCUCAAUGUUGUCAUCUAUUCCAAUCAAGUUGACCAUCAAUUCGAACAAGUCAAUCAUCUGAGAAAAUAUCUUGUUAACUUAAGAGGCAAUGAGGAGAUUUCAACCAUCGAUGAGUAUUGGAACUGGUUGGAAACCGAUUUCGUUGAAAAGAUUCGCGCGCAAGACUGGUACAACGGUGAUCCACCUCGAAAUCUCUCGGGUUACUUCGAUGACAAAACAAAUCGACUGAUUGGAUGGGUCAGAAUGAGACAAAUACGAGUCAAAUCUGAACCAUGCUCACAGUGGAAUUCUUCGUGUGAAUAUGAUUUGGGUUUAUUAAAUGAAGAGAAGCGUUCAUUCCAACCAGGAUGGAUGAAUCAAACCAUUCAAUUAUCGAAUUUGUCAAUUGACAAAGCGUUUCAAUAUACAGAUGAUGGUUAUGUCUAUGAAUUUCGUGGUCGACUAUCCACUCUUCGAAGUAAUCUUUCCGUACUUCAUCAAUUCAGUUGGAUUGACAAGCAAACGAGAGUUAUUGAAAUCCAGUUGAACUUGUUUAAUCCAAACGUGAAUUUGUUCGCUUCAGUGAAACUUCAAACAGAUUUUCAAUCAACUGGAAGCAUACGAUUUCAAUCUUAUAUCAAUCCGUUUUCAUUUCAAAUGAUGUCAACCCUAUCUGAAUUGCUUUGUAGCAUUGCCUACUUGAUGUUUAUCAUUUAUAUGAUGAUCGAAAUAAUUCAAUCAAUCAGACGAAUGAAAAUCAAGUAUUUUCACGAUGUUUGGUCUUAUAUCAACAUGGGUAUCAUCAUUUGUUCCUGGACUAGUCUGUUAAUCUUCGGAUUGAAAUAUCAAGAAUCAAAAGCAAUCGGAAAGUUCUUCAAGGAAACCAAUGGAUAUGAUUAUAUUGAUUUAGAAUAUGCAGUUAGUUUAGAUCAAUUAUUGAAAAAUUUUCUCAGCCUCGCUCUGUUUCUUGGUUGGAUCAAAUUUGUUCGCCUUUGUCGGUUCAAUCGUCGUAUCAGUCUCUUCAUUCAAACACUUCAACAUGCUAGCAGAGCACUCUGGUCAUUCUCCUUGAUGUUCGGAGUCAUCUUCAUCGCAUUUCUUUGCUUAUUCUACUUAUUAUUCAUAUCAAAAUUAUCAACAUGUGCGGAUCUUUAUCGAACAGCGAUAAUGUUGUAUGAAAUGGUCCUGAUGAACUUUGAUGCACAUGAGUUGAUCAAUGGUUCAUCAUUUCUCGGUCCAUUUGUUUUUACUCUAUUUAUUCUUAUCGCCGUAUUCAUUUGUUUGAGUAUGUUUCUCACGAUUAUCAACGAAAGCUUUCGUUAUGCUCGGGACAAUCUUAAAUCUCAACGAACAGAGGACGAGAUUAUCUUUACAUUUAUGAUGAAACGAUUUCAAUGUUGGAUUGGAAUAUCUAAUGAUUCACAUGAACGUGAUGGCAUGAUGCGAGAGAAAUAUUAUACCCCAACCGAUGCAUUCCCGAAUAAAGUCGAUCAGCUAUUGACUGCAUUGGAUCGAAUUUACACAAAUCAACGACAAUGA